AAACAAACAAAUCUUUUCCCAUUUGUGUAAAUUUCCAUUCCUAGUAAGGAUGGAAAUGUGGAGAAACACAUCUUUGUUAAUACAGGAUCAUCAUCGUUCCGCAUCAGGGCCCGGGGAGCAGGCUUCUCACACCAGCCUGGAGGUGGUGCUGUUUGCCUAUGGCCAGUUUGGGCUAAUAAAUCAAGAUGCUCCGGGGGAUUAGCAUGCAACCUCACGUUGCAUCUACAUACUUGGACUAAUUAAGGGAGUUAUUUAGUGAAAAAUGGUCAAGUAAUCUUUGGAGUGGCAUAUAGAACUUUCUAAGAAUGACAAAAAACUCAGAAGCUACAAAAAGACAACACUGAGAAAUUUGAAGGCAAAAAUGCAAAUUUCUAUAUUAAAAGAACAGCAAACUGAGAAAAAUAGCAAAUUCUGUGAUAAAGAAUAAUUUUAAUAUAGAAAGACAGCAAAGAAUUAUUAACCCUCAGUCUUUUUGUAGGUCUUGCUCUCUAGGAAUGCUGAUCACUGGAGAGGUGGUGUAAGAUAUUUAUAUCUUACAAAUAAAUUCAAUUUAAAAAGAGAAGGCAAUAUGAUCAAUCAGGUGAGAGGAAACGAGAUCAAAAGUACCAAUAAACACGAAACAUUCCUCACUCAAGAAAUGAAAGUUAAAACAAAAAAUGUAGUCAUUUGAUCGUGUGCCUCCAAAAACCGCUUUGCAUAAAUAUACACAACUGUUUGUCACAGACCACUAAGAGUGACUCGCUCUCCAUUCUUACACUUCCCCCUUGGGUUUCCAGGCAGUUUCUCGCCUGUUGUCACCAGCGUUGGGGCAGCCAUUUCUUCAAGAGCACCAGGUCCGUUAUGGGAACGCAUAUGGGAGAUAGAGGUCAGCGUCCACUCGCACCUGUCGGUGUUGGGACUGGCUGUAAGAAACGCCGGGAUGCGAACUACGAUGGAGGCCAGCAGGUCACUGCUGGAGAGCUCCCUCCAUCCCACUAUAGCUUCUUACAGACAAAUAUAUACGGAGGCCUUAGAGAAGUGCCGUGAUCUGUCCCAGGCCACUGCCUUGGCCAAGCUUGGGGUCCCAAAGGCCGGUCGGCGUGUUCUCCUGCCCCUGGCGGGCGGGCACCAGCUGCUCUGUCAGCCCCAAACUCGCGGGCGGCUCGCUCCGGGCGGUCGCGGAGGACUACACCUCCCACAAUGCCGCGGCCCGCCCGCCGGGCAUCUCCACCAAUAGGAAGGCAAGAUUUCCAGCGGCUAGUCUUUCCUGCCAAUGAGCGCGGCGCGGGGCGGGCCUCCCCGUCCAUUGUUCUCGGGGCCCUUCGGGCUGGAGCCGCCGAGGAUCCGCAGAGGCCGGCAGUGCCCGGGGCGCUUUGCCCGCGGAGCGUCCGCCGGAGCGGACUCGGCCUCCGGACAGCCAGACUACUUGUUGAAAUUUGAGGAGGGCCUGGCUGGAGAAGACUGAAGUUCAAGGCCAGAAGCCUGAGCCAUUGCCCAAAGAUUGUGGAUGAUGGCUGCAGAGGUGCCGAGGGUAACCCCUCCCCUGAGCUCCUUGGUCCAGGUGCCUCGAGAGGAAGACGAGCAGGAGGCGGAGGUCACCACCAUGAUCCUGGAGGGCGACUCUUGGGUGCAGGAAGCAGUACUGCAGGAGGAGGGCCCCGAGCCCCUGUCCUUCUCCCAGAGCACCGGCAAGGGCAGCCUGCGUGAGGACGCGGCAGGAGGGCCGCAGGGGGCACUCAGCCGCCUUCGGGAGCUCUGCCGGCGCUGGCUGAGGCCAGAGGUGCACACCAAGGAACAGAUGCUGACCCUGCUACCGAGGGAAAUUCAGGCCUGGCUGCAAGAGCACCGACCCGAAAGCGGCGAGGAGGCAGCGGCCCUGGUGGAAGACUUGACCCAGACCCUUCGAGGCAGUGAUUUUGAGGUCCAGAGUGAAAACUGCAACAACCCUAAUCAAGACAUAUUUGAGGAUGUCGAAGCACAUGAGAUGUUCUCAGAAAUGCCUGAAGGGGAAGGCGUUCGGCAGUCUGAUUGGGAAAGUGACUUUCAGAGAGACUGUGGAUCCAGGGGGCCCCAGGGAAAUGCCCCAGGUGAGGACCCCGGGGAGGUACCAUCCCAGGGCAGGGAAGUUGGACAGCUCAUUGGCCUGCAGGGCACCUACUUGGGUGAGAAGCCCUAUGAAUGCCACCAGUGUGGGAAAACCUUCAGCCGGAAAUCCCACCUGAUCACACAUGAGCGGACCCACACGGGAGAGAAAUAUUACAAAUGCAAUGAAUGUGGGAAAAGCUUUAGCGAUGGUUCAAACUUCAGUAGACACCAAACUACUCAUACUGGGGAGAAACCUUACAAAUGCAGGGAUUGUGGGAAAAGCUUUAGCCGGAGCGCAAACCUCAUCACGCACCAGAGGAUCCACACAGGAGAAAAGCCCUUCCAGUGUGCCGAGUGCGGCAAGAGUUUCAGCAGGAGCCCCAAUCUCAUCGCUCAUCAGCGAACCCACACAGGAGAGAAGCCGUACUCAUGCCCCGAGUGUGGCAAAGGCUUCGGCAACCGGUCCAGCCUUAAUACGCAUCAGGGAAUCCACACUGGAGAGAAGCCCUACGAAUGUAAAGAAUGUGGUGAGAGCUUUAGUUACAACUCCAACCUGAUCAGACACCAGAGGAUCCACACGGGGGAGAAACCGUACAAAUGUCCCGACUGUGGGCAGAGGUUCAGUCAGAGCUCCGCCCUCAUCACCCACCGCAGGACUCACACCGGAGAGAAGCCCUAUCAGUGCAGCGAGUGCGGGAAAAGCUUCAGUCGCAGCUCCAACCUGGCCACGCACCGGAGGACGCACAUGGCUGAGAAGCCCUAUAAGUGUGGGGAGUGUGGGAAGAGCUUCAGCCAGAGCUCCAGCCUCAUCGCCCACCAGGGCGUGCACACGGGCGAGAGGCCCUACGAGUGCCUGACAUGCGGGGAGAGCUUCAGCUGGAGCUCCAACCUCAUCAAGCACCAGAGGACUCACACGGGCGAGAAGCCCUACAAAUGCGGCGACUGUGGGAAAUGCUUCAGCCAGCGCUCUCAGCUGGUGGUGCACCAGCGGACCCACACAGGCGAGAAGCCCUACAAAUGCCUCAUGUGUGGCAAGAGCUUCAGCCGGGGCUCCAUCCUGGUCAUGCACCAGAGGGCCCACUUGGGGGACAAGCCGUACAGGUGUCCUGAAUGUGGGAAAGGCUUUAGCUGGAAUUCAGUUCUCAUCAUACAUCAGCGAAUCCACACGGGGGAGAAGCCUUACAAAUGCCCAGAGUGUGGCAAGGGCUUCAGCAACAGCUCCAAUUUCAUUACACAUCAGAGGACUCACAUGAAAGAGAAGGUUUACUGA